CAUGCAGGCACACACACACACACACACACAUAAUGGAGCAGACGUAAGCAAGGUGCAAAGGGUAUUUAAACCUGUGCCUGUGUGUUUUGUGUGGUUUUGAGCAAGCAGAUCGAUCACCUCUCACAGGAAGACAAGAACAAAGCCAUCAUGUAUUGGACCCUUAAAUAUGCUGGAGCAAGUAUAUUAUUGUUGUUAAUGCUUAUUCAACUCGGACAACUAUAUCCAAGAAAUGAUAUGACUAACUUUGGAUGUGAGGAGUGCAAACUCAAGGAGAACAACAUUUUCUCAAAGCCUGGGGCUCCUGUCUAUCAAUGUAUGGGAUGCUGCUUUUCUAGAGCUUACCCCACUCCCCUGAGAUCCAAGAAGACCAUGCUUGUCCCAAAAAAUAUCACGUCAGAAGCUACAUGCUGUGUAGCCAAAGAAGUUAAACGGGUACUUGUCAAUGAUGUCAAACUAGUGAACCACACAGACUGCCACUGCAGCACCUGUUACUAUCACAAGUCUUAAAGAUACAUUAUAGCAUUCCUGAUUAUAUUCUCUUAUCUUCCUGUCAUUUUUGCUCAAAUGCAUGUUUUCUUUACUUAAAUUAGACUGACUAUAAUGUUUUUAAGGUGAACAUGCUCUUAUUAUUUUGUUGUAUAGCUGUGCCGAUAUAUAUUUAUGUUCAUUAGUUAUGCAAAUCUUUCAAAGUUCUCUAAACUUUAAACCCUAAUGUUGUCAUUACUGGAAAAUCAAGUUGUUUUAAUUAAACAUUACUUGAAAUGUCAA